AUGGGGAUGUGUUCGCGCCAAGAGCGGAUUCAGAAGGACGUCGACGUGGUGAUCCACAAGUCCAAGGCGGACAGGGACGGCCUGUUCGCAGAUUUCCGAUACUCAGACUCCACCUUUACCUUCACCUACGUCGGAGGCCCCAAAAGUGUGUCCUAUGCAGUACAUGUAUCUGAGGAUUACCCAGAUAAUACGUAUGUGUCCAGUUCAGAUAAUGAUGAAGAUGUAUUAGUGACCACAGAGCCAAUUCCAGUAAUUUUCCAUCGAAUUGCAACAGAACUAAGAAAAACAAAUGACAUCACCUGUUGUUUAUCUAUUAAAUCAAAAUUGCAGAAGGAAAAUGGAGAAGAGUCAAGACAAAAUAGUACUGUGGAAGAAGAUUCUGAAGGAGAUAAUGACUCAGAAGAAUUUUAUUAUGGCGGGCAGGUAAACUACGAUGGAGAACUUCACAAGCACCCUCAGCUGGAAGCAGAUUUAAUGGCGGUGAGAGCGCUUUAUGGGAUCCAGGCAGUUUCACUCAGGGAAUACGGAGCUAUUGACGAUGUAGAUAUCGACCUGCAUAUUGAUGUUAGCUUUCUUGAUGAGGAGAUCGCCGUGGCUUGGGAUGUGAUUCGUACAGAGCCUAUAAUUGUCCGUCUGCACUGUUCACUUACGCAGUACUUAAACGGACCAGUGCCCACUGUUGACGUGUUUCAGAUUUCCACAAAGGAAAGAUUUGGAUUGGGACACCAGCUGAAAAAAAUUAUGCAGACCUUUGUUACACAGCAGUGGAAGCAGAGCAAAGAGAAAUCCAAUUGUUUGCACAACAAGAAACUGUCUGAGAAGAAGGUGAAAUCCCCUCUGCACAUAUUUUCUACCUUGCGCAGGUCGCCAAGUUAUCCCCCUCCGGGUUGCGGUAAAAACAAACCCAAACUAAAAUCGGAUCCAGAUGGCAUCUCCAAAACGCAGAAGUUGCUGCGGAGGACAUGUUCCAGCACGGUCAAGGCCGAGGACAUCUGCGUUGCCAAGUCCCACCGAGCGCUGGGCCGGUCCCUGUCCGGUGAUCCGCGGACCGAGCCGGCCCCGGCCAUGAAACCCCACCGGCUGCUCAGUCGUGCCUGCCCGGCUACGGGUGGCAAGCAGGAGGAGUGCGUCGCUGUAAAGUCGCAUAAACCAUUGACUCGAUCGUGUUCCGGGGACCCCCGGUGUGAGCACAGCAGCACCUUGAAACCCCAGAAACUCUUAAGCAGGUCUUAUUCGAGUAAUCUGAGGGUGGAGGAGCUCGACGGAUUGAAGAACCACAAAUUGCUCAGCAAGACGUAUUCCAGUGCUCCCAAGUCGUCCAAGACAGAGCUCUUCAAAGAGGCCAUUGUAGAAGGCAGGAGGCUCUCCCUUACCUCAGGUCUGAUUGGCAUCCUAACUCCGUCGUCGUCCUCAUCACCUCAGACAACUCUAAAUUAUGGUGCAAAAUGCAUUCCAAUCCGAGACCGAGGAUUCUUGGUUCAGACCAUAGAGUUUGCUGAGCAACGGAUACCUGUUUUGAAUGAAUAUUGUGUCGUUUGUGAUGAGCCUCAUGUGUUUCAAAAUGGCCCCAUGCUUCGGCCUACCGUGUGUGAACGGGAGCUGUGUGUAUUUGCAUUCCAAACUCUUGGAGUGAUGAAUGAAGCUGCAGAUGAGAUUGCCACUGGAGCUCAGGUGGUGGAUUUACUAGUUUCUAUGUGCCGGUCUGCAUUGGAAUCUCCUAGAAAAGUCGUCAUUUUUGAGCCAUAUCCCUCUGUAGUAGAUCCUACUGAUCCCCAGAUGUUGGCCUUCAAUCCUAGGAAGAAGAACUAUGACCGAGUGAUGAAAGCCUUGGAUAGUAUUACUUCCAUUAGAGAAAUGACACAGGCACCAUAUCUGGAAAUCAAGAAGCAGAUGGAUAAACAGGAUCCCCUUGCUCACCCUCUAUUGCAAUGGGUUAUUUCAAGUAAUAGGUCGCAUAUUGUGAAACUCCCUGUUCACAGGCAAUUGAAAUUUAUGCACACUCCCCAUCAAUUCCUUCUUCUCAGCAGUCCACCAGCCAAAGAAUCCAAUUUUAGAGCUGCGAAAAAACUCUUUGGAAGUACCUUUGCAUUUCAUGGCUCCCACAUCGAAAACUGGCACUCCAUCCUGAGAAAUGGCUUAGUUGUUGCUUCCAAUACAAGACUGCAGCUCCAUGGUGCAAUGUAUGGAAGUGGAAUAUAUCUUAGUCCAUUGUCUAGCAUAUCAUUUGGUUACUCAGGGAUGAAUAAGAAGCAGCAGAAGGUAUCAGCUAAGGAUGAACCUGCUUCAAACAGUAAAGGCGGUAAUGCAUUACAGUUACAGAAGAAAGGACAGCAGUCUCAGUUCUUGCAAAGCAGAAACUUAAAAUGCAUCGCCUUAUGUGAAGUGAUAACCUCACAAGAUCUGCACAAACAUGGGGAGAUAUGGGUUGUUCCAAACACUGAUCAUGUCUGUACAAGGUUCUUCUUUGUGUAUGAAGAUGGCCAAGUGGGAGACGCAAAUAUUAAUACCCAAGAAGGAAGCAUCCAUAAGGAGAUUCUUCGUGUCAUUGGUAAUCAAACGGCUACUGGUUAAAGGACCGCACUUAGUUAAUUAACAGGAUUUGAAGUCCUUCCUCGGUGUCAAAGCUGGAUUUUGAGCUGAAGAAGAUGUGAAACGUAAUUUAUUGUUACUAUAAACAAAGCAAACCCUUUGAAUAGUUAUUUUUUCUUAGUAUUUCUAAAUGCCUUAUUGAAAUACCUAAAAGGUUACAAAAUUUGCCAAUUGUAGGGGUAUGGAAUCUCAUAAUAAAAUACAACAGCACUUAAACAAGAGUUUGGGUUGCUCAAAAUAAACAGAUUUAAAAAGCAGUUUUGUGCCGAUAUUUUUAUAUCAAAUUAUUUAAUUAGACAUUUUGGUAUUGUGUAGCCGGCAUUGUGAUUUUAAGUUAACCAACAGGAGUAUCAAAAGAGAAGAUUUUAUAGCAGAUCCUACUUUCAGUAGGAUAAUUUGCAAUAAGAAAAAUGCACAUUCUGAUGUACUAUAUCCAUUGCAUAGCCCAUUGGAAUGUCUAAGGUAUUGACACCUAUCCUAAUUGCUAUUUGCCUUAUACAAAUACAAUUAGGAUUUAGAAUAGGAUCCUUACUGAAAAGUAGGUAUCUUUUGGGUUUGUGAACUUAAAAU